UCAGGGGUGAUGGUGGUUGCCCAGCAGGAGGACAUCUGGUGACACCACCUGGAGGACAUCUGACAUCACAACGACAAGAGCUUUCCUUAGUCCACCUGUGCCCAGUCCUGCCACACUUCCCCAAAGGGCAGUGGAGGAGGAACAGGGGAAGACAUUUCCUAGUCAGAAUCACAGCCAAAAUGAUGAAGUAUCCCUUCGUCAGAUUCCCAGCACUGAAUGUGCUCAGCCUGGCAGAAGUCAUAAGAGUUUGGGACACUGUGUCUGAGUACAUGCCUCAGCAGAUUGCCCUGAACAAGGGUGUGGCAAUAGAUGGCCUUGGUGUUUUCUACGUCCUGAGACAGCACUACAGUAAAUUGAACGGGGAUGUGCUUGCACCGAAAUUUCGUCUGUUGGAGGGAGUUAUGCAGGCUCAGAGGAUCAGCCAUGCCAACAGAGACAUUCCUGAUGAUCUCCAAGUCGUCCCCCUGGACUAUUCCCAGCUCUCCCUGAAGACAACUGUUCCUGAGAAGAUGGUGGAGGAAUGUGUGAAUGACCUGGUGGUGCUUUUCACCUGGGGUGCAGGGCUCGGAGAAGAUUAUGACCUUGUUUUCAAGGGCAUCGGUAUCCUUAGGAGCCGAGAUAAGAUCCUCAGAAUGACCUACUACAAAGACUUUCUUCUUGCCAUCGAUGGCACUGGAACAGUGUUGAACUGCAUGCUCUCUAACCCACUUACGCGGAUUAAUGUGAUAUCAGACAAUGACUCUUCUGCUUUCCACAUGAGUCCUCAGGGGAUUCGUGUGCUGCCCAUGUUUGAGAUUAAGCUCCCCCCUGGAAGAACAGCUGAAGACUUUUUUCCCAUGAAGGGAUCUGGGAACAAACAAGGAACCCCUGGUAGCCGGUGUCAACAUCCUCAAAUGAGGCAUUCACCAGGCAAAUUGACAAGAGCCAGGAAGGCAAAAGGGAAAAAAGAGAGUACAAAGAGUGAAGAGUUUCACCAGCUGUUACCCACUUGGAAGUUCCAGUUGGAACAGCAGGAAGACAUGGCUGAGGAGAGAGAGAAAGGUAACGCAAUGGAUGAAACCUGACACAGGCUUGAAGACUUCCUUACUCCUGAGGGAUGGGAGCCACGGCUAUGCCAAAAAUGUGCAAUGCUGCUAUUUGAAUUUGAUUUGUGGAAGGACACCUCCACAC